AUGCCUUCAGAACCAACUACCCCUCUUUUUAAAGUUUAUAAUUCUACACAAUCGUUUAUUAAUCAAAAUGUUCUUUUUCAAAUAACAACCUUUGAAAAUUCUGCUUUCAUAUGGGUUGGUGUCGCUGAGAAUGAAGUUUUGGGAAAUUUGGCAGUUGCAAUGCCUCCCAUAAGUUCAAGGAAUAAUAAUAAUAUUAUCAAAGCUUCAGCCACAACUAUAUUAGCAAAAGAUAUAACUGAAACUUCUAAACAAUUUGGACAGAAACUUGCGACUAAAUUCAAAAAACAAUUUUUCGUUAGCUUUAAUUUACCAUCAAAUGCGGAUCAAAUGAUGGUUUCAUUUGCAGAGAAAAAAAUUAUAUCAAUGAUUAACGAAAUUUGGGUUCCUUAA